UCUAGAUUUUAGAAGCCGUUUUUGAAUUUUGUGCAAUAAUCAAAUUUAAUUUUUAGAAAAUGAGCACUUUUGACAGUGAUUGCGCCUUCAUGAAUCUGGAGGAAAUCUGCCGCAGUUGCAUGUCCAAAAAGCAGAAAAUGCGACCCCUGUUUGGUUCCAGCCUGGACUCGAUGCUGAUGACCGUGGCGAAUGUCAAGGUACCACAUCUACUACAGCGACGGCGAAAAGGCGAUGUAUGGAGUCGUUUUCGUAGUGAUUGGGGAUCAAAAGAACGGAGCCAUCAAGUGGAAGGUGGUGAAUGACCGGAUCUGCGUGUUGAGAAUAAAGGGCACAUUCUUCAACCACAGCCUGAUCAAAAUCUACGCACGGACUAACAACGCGAACAACAAGUCCGAUGACGAAAAAGACGAUUUCUACGAGCGUUUCGAUAAGACCUAAAGAGUAAGAGUGCCCAAGACACGAAUAGUCAUCGGACACACAAACGCGAAGGUUAUUCGGAACAUUCGGAAGCACACAUGGCGUCACCCAAAUGGUUUAUGGUGUACUCAAAUCGAUCACGUUUGGAUGGAUGAUCGACACUCUUCGGCGGCCCAAGAUCGAGUAUCCUGGAAAUCUAUUUAUUCAGCGUUGGGCCGAUAGACCUGUUGCUGAGAAAGUAAAGUAAGUAUUGCCAAAAUUCUCCCGUAGGUCUCCCCAAACGAUGGCUUCCCGGCGCAGAUGUGCGUCCAGUGCGUGCUGCAGGUCAGCCGUGCGUUCACCUUCAAACAGCAGUGCGAAAAGGCGGACGUCACCAUCCGGGAACAUUUGGCCGCCCAAAAAGCGAACCAGGAAAAGGACGAACCGGAGCCAGAGCUGCAACUCAUCACGCUGCAUCCGGACAGUCCCGGGUUAGAGUAUCGAAUCAACGGAAAUGCCGGCAACGAGUGCGUGCUGAUUCUGCGAAGUAUUAAGAUUCCUCCAGUGGAGGCGGUUCAGCAGCUACCGGAAGUUGUUCCGGUGGACGAGCCGAAAACUUUUAUUGUGGCAAAUGUUGAGUCGUUUUUGCAAAGCGAUGAACAACAGGUGGGUGAAGAAAUGCAGGACCAAUCGAGAGAAAUAGUCGAUGGCGGAAAGGUUAUUGAUUUUGAAGUUAAUCGAGACGAUCUAGCCUGUAAUCUGGGACAGGAAUUGCUGGAAGAUGACUGUUACGUUGAAGAAAUUGAGGAGCCUUUUGAGCAGAAUCAAAAAGACGUAAUUCUUGAGAACGAAAAAACAGUGCAACUGUCGAGCUCAGAAGAUCCAACGUCGGAUGCGCACUUUGAGUGCAAUGUGUGCAAAAAGAAAUUCUCCAACUCCAGUAAGCUGAGGCGCCACUCGCGGACUCAUCUGCUCCACAAACCACACGUUUGCAACAUCUGCGGAAUGAGCUUCGCGGAAAGUUCGAACCUCACCAAGCACAGACGCAAGCAUACCGGCGAACUUCGCAAUAUCGUAGGGAAACCAAACCUUUGCCCUGUAUGCGGAAAACGGUUCAAGUGGACCACUUCGCUGUCGAAGCACAUGAAACACCACACGAAACGUAAGGUUUAUUGGUGUUCGUUCCCAGGCUGUGGAAAAUACUACGUCGAACAGCGUUCUCUAGACAUUCACAGUUAUUCGCACGAAGAUAAGAAACCCUUCUCCUGUCAGUACUGCAGCAAAGGAUUUACGCAAAAGUGUAAUCUAGAAAAGCACGAACGCGUCCACACCGGCGAGAAACCCUUCCGCUGCAACAUCUGCUUCAAAAGCUUCGCCCAGAGCGGUUACUUGGUCAUCCAUCAGCGAAUCCACAGCCACGAACGGCCCUACAGCUGCCAGGAGUGCGGCAAGCAGUUCGCGGCAUCAAACGCCCUAACUGUCCACCUACGGUCGCACAGUGGCGUGCGCAACUACGGCUGUGACGCGUGUGGGAAGCGAUUCUCGCGCCAGGAAACGCUCACCAUUCACACGGCUCGAAAGCACUCGGGCGGCGAGCGGCCACCGCACGGCUGUGUGCUGUGCGAGGCAAGGUUCGAGAGUGCCGACCAGCUGACGGAACACAUGAAGAGCGAGCACGGCGAUCGGUUCUACCACAUGUGUCCGAGCUGCGGGAAGGUGUACGCGUCGAUGCAGAGUUUGAAGAAUCACCAGAAGACUCACCUCAAGGAAGGCGAUGAAGGACAGAAGCUAGGUCAGGCCGUUGACGGUGAGCUGACACGAUCUCGUGAGACUGCAGAGACAAAUCUUUCCGGAAAUCAAAUACUUGAAUCUGUUAACUUUACGGAAGAGAAUAUUGAUGUUAUUUACGAUUAAAAUAAAUAAAAAUUGCAGGUGGUUGUGUAACUCGUGACCAACAAGACACAGAACAUUAAACACA